AUGGGAGAUCGUAAGCGUGCAUAUGAUGAUGAAGGUGAUCAGAAAUUUGCCAAGAGAGACCGUCGAAAUGAGAAAGUCAUCAAAGUGCUUUGUCCCUAUUACAGUGCAGGUGCAGUCAUUGGUAAGGGUGGUGAAGCCAUCAAACAGAUCAAAGAAGAAACCGGUGCUAACAUCCAGGUCUCAAAAAACAAUGUUCGAUUUCCCAAUACUGAUGAACGAGUCAUAUCAAUAUCUGGCGAGCUCGAAUCCAUGCAUAAAGUAAUUGCUUUUGUUCAAGAGAAGAUUCGUACGGAUAAGGUCCCUCCACACGUCAAAAAUAUCAAUACUAGUCAGAACGAUGCUAGAAAAGCUACCUGUAAGAUCGUAGUUCCUGAUACCAGUGUUGGGAAGAUCAUAGGUAAGGCAGGAGCCAAUGUGAAUCGUUUGAAAGAUCAGUUCAAUGUUAAGAUUGGUACAAUGAAAAAGGAAGAGGCCAUCGAAGGCCUUCGUGAACGAAUCAUAACUAUAGAGAGUGAGGACACAAAGAAUGUAGAUGAUUGUGUGGCUGAGAUGGUAAAGGACGUGUACGAGGAUGAGAGGGGUCACAUGGACUAUAACGUGGAUUACGAGCGGUUCUCAACUGGAGGUGGUCGUGGUGGUGGUCGUGGUGAUGACAGAGGUUCAGGUGGAUAUGGAGGGGGUGACAAGUACGGGGGUGGUGAUCGAGGCAGCUACAGAAACGAACGUGGCAGCUAUGGAGGGGACCGUGGUGGCUACGGGGCUGCUUCUUAUUCUGCGCCUGCCUCCUACCCUCCUUCCUCAUAUGACAGGCCUGCUUACGGAGCUGAUAAAGGAGGGUAUGGAAGUAGUGGUGGGUAUGGUGCUAGUAGUGGUGGAUAUGGCGCUAGUGACAGCUAUAGUCGAGAUUACAACACCAGCUCGUCUGGCUACAGCCGUCCUGCCGACCCUUACAGCCGUUCUGACUCAUACAGUCGUGGUGGUGAGAGCAGGGAGACAUACAGUCGUGGUGAUAGCCGUGCUCCUGCACCCGAGGGUUAUGGCCGUGAUUCUCAAGGCCGUAGUGAUUCGUAUGGUCGUGACAACCGUGCUUCAUCUUACAACUACUAGUGCCUCUCUUACAACUGCUAGUCCUAGCCCUGGUCCUCUCCCCUGGUUGUAAGUCACAGACAUUUCCAUUAAUUUUACCAAAACACGUCCCUUAGCCCCCUGGUUGCUUACUUAGCCAGGCUCGGUGUUGAUGGUCUUUAUGUAUUUACUCUUUCGACAGCCAUGUUUACAAACUUAUGCAAGUCUCUAAUUUUAGUUAGAACAUUUUCAACAUGUUCUCAAACCAAGCUCUCCCGUCUGACUUGAAUUAUAAAAGUGUUAUUUUAUCUUAAAAUUUGAUUUAAUUCUUGAGAUCAUGCUGGAUCAUUUAAAUUUUACAAAUGAUAUAUAUUUGAUGUAAAAA